UCCGGUCAUCUUGGAGUUGAGUUCCCAAUAAUUUUUUUGUUUGUUUGUUUAUUCUGAGAUGGAAGAGCGCAAGCGCGCGACCAUUCUGAUCACGAACGACGAUGGAAUCGAUGCUCCUGGUUUGAGAGCUUUGGUUCAAUCGCUCGUCAACGCCAAUCUUUUCAAUGUUCAAGUCUGCGCUCCUGAUAGUGAGAAGUCAGCUGUUAGUCACAGCAUCACUUGGCUCCACCCGGUAGCUGCCAAGCAAGUCAACAUUGAUGGAACCACCGCCUUCGCGGUUUCUGGGACUCCGGCUGAUUGUACUUCUCUGGGGAUUUCCAAAGCACUCUUUCCUACAAUAGCUGAUCUGGUAAUCAGUGGCAUAAACAAGGGUAGCAAUUGUGGUUAUCACAUUGUUUACUCAGGCACUGUAGGUGGAGCUCGAGAGGCCUUCUUCAAUGAUAUACCUUCUAUCUCCAUUUCUUAUGACUGGAUUAAAGGAAAGAGUAGCCUACAUGACUUCACCCUUGCUGCACAAGCAUGCAUACCUAUCAUAAGUGCUGUGCUGGUUGAGAUAAAGAAUCAGAGCUACCCUCAAAAAUGUUUUUUGAAUAUAGAUGUGCCAACCAAUGCUGCUAACCAUAAGGGUUACAAGCUUACUAAGCAGGGUAAAAGUAUCGUCAAGAUGGGAUGGAGGCAAGUCACCUCUGAGACAGAAGGACAAAAAAUGUCAUCUGAUAUGACCAAUAUAGAUGGGGAAACGCCUAAAAACUUUGACACAUCAUCUUUAUCACCAGAACAUCUUUUAUUUAUGAGAGAGGUAAGAGGUUCCCUACUUGAUGAUCAUGAUGAUACGGAUCACAGAUCUUUGCAGGAAGGAUAUAUUACUGUUACUCCUCUUGCUGCUCUCUCUCAUGCGGAGGUAGAUUGUCAGGUCUAUUUUAAGGAUUGGCUACAAAGUGUCCCUGAAUUCCCCUCUUCAUCUGCUUUAUAAUGCUAUUACUGGAAGUGAUUUCAACUCAACCUGUUGCAAAAUCAAUUAUUUAGAUCUGAAGCAAUCUGGUUGAUCCGAUAUGCAUGUCAUUGAUCCAUUAUUGUCAUGGGGCAACAAACACAUUUCAACACAGUUUGUUAUGUGAUUGAAUGAGAAAGCCUAAUAAGUAAUAACAUAUCGCUCGCUUUUGUAUUGAUAUGUUAGCAAUUCUUGUUAUUUUGUCUUUAUUGACAUGAAUUACACAGCUUGUUGCAUGAAUGAAUAAAAAUUUCCUUUAUAUCAAUCU